AAAAAUCCAAACCGGGGUUUAACACGUUGCACCUGUGGAAAAAAUAGCAAGCGGGAACAGGCCGAAGUGGUUCAUUGCGUACGAAAUGAAUCGUCACGUUGUCCGUGUGCUGUUAAUGGAGAUGUGUGUUCCAGAGAAUGCAAAUGCAAAGGCUGCCAAAACAAAGAGAAAAUAACUACCGUCCAAUCAACUUCGAAUGUUAUAAGUUGCUCUUGUGGUAAAGGAAAAAAGAAAUCUGAUCCCCUAUACAAAUCCUGUACGGACGGUGUAAGGAAGUCCAAAUGUAGGUGCCUUAAGAAUGGUUGGAAAUGUACGAGUGCAUGCGAGUGUUACAACUGCCAUAAUCAAACAAAAGAGCUUCCAGUACCAACGCAGAAUGAUGAAACGAAAAGUGGAAAACGAAAAAGGGUAAAUCCGUCACCGUACAAAAGAGCGAAAAGCAAAGAAUAUUUAAAAAAGGAAAUGGGACACGAACCAUUGCAAGGAUCUUGGACACACUUUGAAACGUUCGUUCUAGUAAGUAUUUUGUCUUUGCUUUCGACGUUACCUUUGUCACCAUCUAUUAACGACAUAGCUAAGCUGUACAAUUUCAUUGCUGACUAUGACAAAAAAUGGCAGAAAAACGAACACCGAGCAAAGAUACGAGCGAAAUCAACGGCACAAAUGAGUGGGAAAGUAUCUAAUAUUCAAGAUAUUCAAGAAAUAAAUGAGUCCUUACAGCAAACUGAAUAA